AUGAACUCUGCCACAUAUAUUAGUUUAAUGAUCAACAAUUCUUAAUAGUGGGGUAACUAUCAUUAUCAUACCUACAAGCAAGUCAACAAUAUGUGCUAGAAAACAGAUCCUGGAACACAAUUAUUACAUAGGUAAAGAAACACAUGAUUGAAUACCAGCAGAUUUAGAGAGGUAAUAUAAAAUAAAUAUCUAAAGAAUGUCUGAUACAGCAGCGAAAUGUUAAAAAUUAAGCAUGA